UCGGGCGCGUGUGCACGCUUGCGCGUGCUCGGGCCCUUCCUGGCAGGCUGCUUGUAAGAUGAGUGAAGAAGCAGGUGGGGGAGAGGGGAGGCAGCAAGCGAGAGGGCGAGGGGAGCGCGGGCGCUGAGCGGCGCUCACUUGGAGCUCGGAGAGCCAGCAAGACGAGCCUGAUUCCAUGUCCCCUGCUGCCUCCCUGCCAGACUCCCGAAGAUGAUGGCCAUGAACGCCAAGCAGCCUUUCGGCAUGCACCCCGUACUGCAAGAACCCAAAUUCUCCAGCCUGCACUCCGGCUCUGAGGCCAUGCGCCGAGUUUGUCUCCCAGCCCCGCAGCUGCAGGGUAAUAUAUUUGGAAGCUUUGAUGAGAGCCUGCUGGCACGCGCGGAAGCUCUGGCGGCGGUGGAUAUCGUCUCCCACGGCAAGAACCAUCCGUUCAAGCCCGACGCCACCUACCAUACCAUGAGCAGCGUGCCCUGCACGUCCACCUCGCCCACGGUGCCCAUCUCCCACCCGGCUGCACUCACCUCGCACCCGCACCACGCGGUGCACCAGGGCCUCGAGGGUGACUUAUUGGAGCACAUCUCACCCACGCUGAGCGUGAGCGGCCUGGGGGCCCCGGAGCACUCGGUUAUGCCUGCGCAGAUCCACCCGCAUCAUCUAGGCGCCAUGGGCCACUUGCACCAGGCCAUGGGCAUGAGUCACCCGCAUGCCGUAGCGCCUCACAGUGCCAUGCCUGCGUGUCUCAGCGACGUGGAGUCAGACCCUCGAGAGCUGGAAGCCUUCGCCGAGCGCUUCAAGCAGAGGCGAAUCAAGUUGGGGGUAACCCAGGCGGAUGUGGGCGCGGCUUUAGCCAAUCUCAAGAUUCCUGGCGUGGGUUCGCUCAGCCAGAGCACCAUCUGCAGGUUCGAAUCUCUUACCCUGUCGCACAAUAACAUGAUCGCUCUCAAGCCGGUCCUCCAGGCCUGGCUGGAGGAGGCGGAGGCCGCCUAUCGAGAGAAGAACAGCAAGCCAGAGCUCUUCAACGGCAGUGAGCGUAAGCGCAAACGCACGUCCAUCGCCGCCCCAGAGAAGCGCUCACUGGAAGCCUAUUUUGCCAUCCAGCCACGUCCUUCAUCCGAGAAGAUUGCGGCCAUCGCUGAGAAACUGGACCUUAAAAAGAAUGUGGUGAGGGUCUGGUUCUGUAACCAGAGACAGAAACAGAAACGAAUGAAGUACUCAGCUGUCCACUGACUGCGGCUGCGGCAUCCAGAGGAGCCAGGAGAGCCUAGUGGCAUCUCCCCCUUCCUAUGGGAGGGACCUUUACGGGACACUCCAGGGUGUUCCCUGGCAGGUCAGGCUCUCUCCCCCAAGUCACAGACUUUCUCCCUUUGUCCCACCUAAAUGCCUCCUGGCCAUCCUUUCCUCCCUUUCCUCUUUAUUCCCACC